CCGACCUCGGUUACAAGGCUGAGGCGGAGGGAGGAAUGUGGGCGCAGCCCGAGGCUGGGCCCGAAGUUCUUUUGGCCCAGUGCCCAGCCCAGCCUCCUCGCCCCGGCCAGGCUCCCCGGAUCUGGUUGCCAGGCUUCGGCUGCCUAGCACCUGGAAGCUGGGGCCUCGGUCCCUGGGCGGCAUGGGCUCCUGAGGCCAAGCUGUUGACUCCCGAGAAGCAAACCUUUUGGCUCGGCUAGUCCCCCUGCCUGACCGCACUCCCCUGAGGUCCUCCGUCCCACCCAGCGCCAGACCCCACCCCCAUCUCUGGGGAGAAACGGAGCCACGAUUUCUGUCCCUUGGGGAAAAGCCUCUGCUUCCGGGAGCGGACUAGCCUGACUCACUUUCGCGGCCCCGGGAGAGUCUGGCCGCAUCCGGACCCCAAAGGCGAGAGCUCGCGGGGUGGGCGGGUCCCGCUGUCGGGCACUAGGGCCGCGCGGGCGCGGCUCCGCCCCCUCUUCCGGCGAGAGGGCUCGCGAGCCUGGCCCUGCCGCGGCAGCCAGUGGGCUUCGCCGGGAGCCGGAGCGCGGCCCGAGCUAGGCGCGGGCUGUGGGGCCGCCGCGUGCCCGGCCCCGCUCGCCCGUGCCCGCCCCUCGCCCGCCGGCCCGCCAUGCCCGGCUUCGACUACAAGUUCCUGGAGAAGCCCAAGCGACGGCUGUUAUGCCCGCUGUGCGGGAAGCCCAUGCGCGAGCCCGUGCAGGUUUCUACCUGCGGCCACCGCUUCUGCGACACCUGCCUGCAAGAGUUCCUCAGUGAAGGAGUCUUCAAAUGCCCUGAGGACCAACUUCCUCUGGACUAUGCCAAGAUCUAUCCAGACCCAGAGUUGGAAGUUCAGGUACUGGGCCUGCCUAUCCGCUGCAUCCACAGUGAGGAGGGUUGCCGCUGGAGUGCGCCACUUCGUCAUCUACAGGGCCACCUGAAUGCUUGCAGCUUCAAUGUAGUCCCUUGCCCCAAUCGCUGUCCCACCAAAUUGAGCCGCCGUGAUCUGCCUGUACACUUGCAGCACGACUGCCCCAAACGGCGCCUCAAGUGCGAGUUUUGUGGCUGUGACUUCAGUGGGGAGGCUUAUGAGAGCCACGAGGGUAUGUGCCCCCAAGAGAGUGUAUACUGUGAGAACAAGUGUGGUGCUCGCAUGAUGCGGCGGCUGCUGGCCCAGCAUGCCACCUCUGAGUGCCCCAAGCGCACCCAGCCUUGUACUUACUGCACGAAGGAGUUUGUCUUUGACACCAUCCAGAGCCAUCAGUACCAGUGCCCAAGACUGCCUGUUCCCUGCCCCAAUCAGUGUGGUGUGGGCACCGUGGCUCGGGAGGACCUGCCGGGUCAUCUGAAGGAUAGCUGUAGCACUGCCCUGGUGCUGUGCCCAUUCAAAGACUCUGGCUGCAAGCACAGGUGCCCUAAGCUGGCAAUGGCACGGCAUGUGGAGGAGAGUGUGAAGCCACAUCUGGCCAUGAUGUGUGCUCUGGUGAGCCGGCAACGGCAGGAGCUGCAGGAGCUUCGUCGAGAGUUGGAGGAGUUGUCUGUGGGCAGUGACGGCGUGCUCAUCUGGAAGAUUGGCAGCUAUGGGCGGCGGCUACAGGAGGCCAAGGCCAAGCCAAACCUGGAGUGCUUUAGCCCAGCCUUUUAUACACAUAAGUAUGGUUACAAGCUGCAGGUGUCUGCAUUCCUCAAUGGCAAUGGCAGUGGUGAGGGCACACAUCUCUCGCUGUACAUUCGAGUGCUGCCAGGUGCCUUUGACAAUCUCCUUGAGUGGCCAUUUGCCCGGCGUGUCACCUUCUCCCUGCUGGAUCAGAGCGACCCGGGCCUAGCUAAACCACAGCACGUCACUGAGACCUUCCAUCCUGACCCAAACUGGAAGAACUUCCAAAAGCCGGGCACUUGGCGGGGCUCCCUGGAUGAGAGUUCUCUGGGCUUUGGUUAUCCCAAGUUCAUCUCCCACCAGGACAUCCGAAAGCGAAACUAUGUGCGGGAUGAUGCAGUCUUCAUCCGAGCCUCUGUUGAACUGCCCCGGAAGAUCCUUAGCUGAGUGCAAACUGGGCUUGAGGGGAAAGGAGGAUGGGACAUGACCUCAGUCAGGCACUGGCUGAACCUGGGGAGGGGGCCGGACCCUCUUGUCAGCUGCUUCUGCUGCCUAGGUUCUAAUACCCCAUUCUCCCUUGCCCCCACCACCCACCCUCAGGUGCCUCCAAUUGGUGCUUCAGCCCUGGCCCCUGGGGGGAGCAGGUCUCAGGGUCAAGGGCUAGAAACAAGUGAUCCCAGUGCCUGUCUCCCCUCCUGGGCAGGGCAGACAUGCCUUGGUGCCAGCCACACCCUACCUGGACAGAGGUACCUGCUCAGGUGCUAUGUCUCAAGAGCCAUAGGAGUGGGGAGUUGGGAAUGGGGGAGGGGUAGUUAAGAGACAAUGUCUUGAGAUCUGGUUUCUUUCCCCAGCUGUGUCUCCUCUGGUUAUUUAUUUCUUUAGUGCCAGGAGGGCACAGCGAGGAAGCCCUGAUUUUUAAUAAAUCCUGAAUUGUAUUUAUUAA